GAGUCAUCUCGAUUAUCCAUCCUGUCAGUAUUUCCAGCAGCAGUGUUGGAGGCUGGGCGUUUGGACCUAGAAGCAGGGCUAGAGAGGUCCACCCACGCCGGCUGGUUCCACAGACGCACACAAAACAGGCUACCCCCUCCAUCCGGGUGGUGACCGUCAUCCCGGGAAGACGCAGCGGCGGCUACAACAUUGUGGAGCACAGCGGUUUCCAUUUUUCUCAGGAACUGUGAGUUUGUGUGUGCACGUGUGUGUGUGUGUGUUUGCAGUGUUUUAAAAUUGUCUGCGUGAGUGUGUGCGUGUGUGCGCGACCAUGUCGGACCUCAGGGACAGCAUGACGGUACGUCGCUGCCUCACCUUCGCUACGGGCUUGCUGGAGUGCCUGUGCUUCGCCGGGGCUGUGUUCGGUUGGGCUUCACUUGUUUUUGUCCUCAAGAUGGAGGGCUACUUCAGCUCGCUGUGUGUCAACGCUACAAUCAAUGGGACACAGGUCUUAGACUGCAGUGGACAGGAUGAGCAGUUCUCGCUGGUCUUCACCAUCGCCUCCUUCAUGAAUAAUUUCCUGACAUUGCCCAAUGGUUAUCUGUAUGACCGGUUUGGCACUACAGUAGCUCGGCUGUUUGGAAUAUUUCUCUACACUACAGGAACCUUGUUUGUGGCCCUCACAAGUUCAGCUCUGUCUGUCCUCCUCUUCCCUGCUCUGUCCUUCAUAGCAGUGGGUGGCAUCUUGUUCUUGAUGACCAACAUGCAGGUGGGGAACCUGUUUGGCUCACGUCGCUCUACUGUCAUCACACUUUACAAUGGAGCUUUUGACUCUUCCUCAGCACUCUUCCUCAUCAUUAAGUUGUUAUAUGAGUCCGGUAUCUCUCUGCACGCCUCCUUCCUCUUUAUAUCUGCGUGCUCCACAAUUCACCUGUUCAGGACGUUCUUCCUUCUGCCCAAAACUACCAUCCCCUACCCUCUGCCUGAUGGCUACACAUACGGGAUGACCUGUGGCAAAACGAAGACGUUCAGUCCACGGCAGGUUGCAACUAAAGAUGACACUCACAAGGACGACGCUGUGGAAGGAAUGCCUUUUAACAAGGACAGCCCCCCAAAGCAAGAGAAAAGUUUCCGUGAGUGUUUCCUGUCCUGGUUCUUUAUGUUGCACCUGAUGUGGCUGUCUGUCAUGCAGCUCAGACAUUAUCUGUUCAUCGGCACCCUCAACCCCAUGCUGCAGAGAAUGACGCGGGGAGAGCCCUCACUGGUGAGCCAAUACAUCAAUGCUUUUGCUAUAACCCAGCUGUGUGGGGUGCUCUGCGCUCCCUGGAACGGCGUCAUCAUGGACAGACACAAGGGCAAACCCCGCAGCCCAGGAGUGAGCGAGUGGGAGGCUGACCUGCGGGCUUCAGUGCUCUCUCUGUUUCUGACGGCGCUGCAGUGUGUGCUGUUCUCAGUUUGCGCCGCCACCCCAUUCCUGCCCCUUCAGUACCUCACCUUCAUCCUGCAGGUGCUCAACCGCUCCUUCCUCUACGGCGGCAAUGCAGCCUUCAUCAGUCUGGCUUUCCCACCCUGUCACUUUGGGAAGCUGUAUGGCCUGGUCAUGGCUCUGUCUGCAGUGGUUUCUGUGCUACAGUAUCCUUGCUUCGCCCUGGUCAAAGGAGCCCUGGGAGGAGACCCACUAUAUGUGAACGUAGCUCUGACUGUGCUCAGCAUGCUGGCCUUCAUCCAUCCUGCCUACGUUUACCUGUACUGUCGACGCCUCGCCUCCCAGCGAGCCAAAAGCAAGGAAGCCGACACUUCCUCAGCUUAAAAUCAACAGUCUGUAAAGGGAACCGGUGAUGUGUACUUAAAACUGCUGGUCACAUGUUUAGUUUUUGAGUGAAGUUUAUGUUGAGAAGUGUUGAUAGAUGAGUUUGUAGUCAGGUGAGGUUGCAUUCGGUACACUUGUAGUACACUCGGUAAAUUCUGGAAAUGAAAUUUGAGGUACUUUUUUUCCCUUUAACUGCCAAAUGGAAUGAAAUGGAAAUUUCAACAAUAUAUCAGCUUGUUGCCAGGAUAUAUAUAUUUGUUUUCCAUGUUUUACCAGUACAUAUUAUCAAAGAGAGUUCAGAGAUGGAACAAACCUGUUUACACUCUUGUAAGAGCUUGGUUUCAACUCAAUUUGAGCAGCUUCCUAAAGCAUUUCAGCACUAAGACUGAAUUACAAUCAAACGCAUGGACGCAGUGCUAGUAUGCUUUUGGGAAAUCCACCUUUAGCAAUGACUAGCGUGAGCCUUGGCUAGUGUAUUUCACAACUGAUGCUGAUAUUUAUGUUUAUACUCUGCCUGUAACGUGCCUCAACUUGCUUGUCUUAUUUUCAGCUCUGUAGCUAUGCAAAUAUUAGUGCACUGUGAUGGUGACAUGUCUAAACACUGUGCUGUUCGAAGAAUGAUCAGACAGUGGUUUCAGAGUGCCUCAGUACAAGCCUGUAUUUUCUGCAGAUUGAGCUCCAAAGAGCAUGGUACUCCAUCAGAUAUGAUCGUUUAACCUUCAGCCAAAGAAGACUUGCCCAGUGCGAUCAGUGGAUUGCACUGGGCAAACUGAGAAGUUGGCCACAGUUUUGAGCAAACGCUGUGUUCUCAUAGCCUCAAGUGCAAGCUCAUUCCUACCCAUCAGUGUUGUUGACUGUCAGAGACUGUGCCACUCUUCCAUCUGUUGGUGUCACAGCGAAGCUGUAAGUCACUAAUAACAGCUAUGUGCUGGACAUGAUAUAACUGUCCUGGAUACAAACCAAACAUGCUGUUAGAUUCUAACAGCAUGUUUGGUUUGUAUCCAUAGGAAGCCUCAGGUGUUCAUUGUUCUUAUGUAGCUGAAAAGCAGGCUCUGGUGUCAUGAAAGAAAACAGUAUUUCAAUGAAAUGUACUUAUGCUACGUGCCUGAGUAUAAAGAUAUGUUCUCUCAAUGUUAUUUUACUGAUAGACCUGGGUUUUAUAUUUAAAUGUAUUUUUCCAAAGUGCCAAGUGUCAAAUCUGGUAUAUGUUGUAAAUAUGUUGCAGUGAAUUAUAAAUGUUACAGUGAGCUGUGCCAAAUAAAAUUCACCUUUGAUAUAAACUUGGGUAGUGUAGUGAAAAGAACAAACUCUAAAUUUCUUCAUCUCUGUUUUUGCCUGUGCAGCCUAAAUAAUCUUUUUCAUUUUUCAGCUGUUCUGAGAAAGUCUGAUGUAUCCAAUAAUACAUUUGAAUGCAGCUGCCCAUUAUAUGUUAGUGACUAAGUUUUACAUCCAGUAACUUACAAGGCCACAAUGGAAAUAAGUCUAGCAAUUUUUGAGUUAUCCUAGGCAUUUUUUCUUCACAUGCACACAUGCUUUGUACUCUAAAUUUGACAGUGAAAAAAAGUAAUGGUGUGGUAUAUUCAUGAUAAAAAACAACAAAAUUAUAAUCAUAUUAUAAUUAAAUUAUAAUUGUAUUUGAGUUCUGAUAAGGCUUUAAGAAAAAGUCCUGCCAGAGCAUACUAAGUAGCAAAUAUCAACCAUAUUACACUGAAUUAUUGCACAAAGCAAGAGGAGCAACGUAUUGUAAAUGCCGACACCCAAAACAAAACAUUUCUAAGUGAUAUUAUGAAGGCCUGCCACAGAAUUGAGUUUUGACAUCCCCUGUGGAGCCACAUCACCCCAC